AGAGGGCGAUGUCCCGGACUGCGGCACCGCCAGACCACGGGUGCGGCGCUCGGUCCCUCCAGAGUCUUUCUCCUCCACGUGGGGACGCAGGAUGGCGGCGACAGUGGCGGUGGAUGGCGAGGCGGCCCGGCGCGACGUGCAGCGCCUGCUAGUGCAGUUCCAGGAUGAGGGUGGGCAGCUGCUGGGCUCCCCGUUCGACGUGCCCGUGGACAUCACCCCGGACAAGCUGCAGCUCGUGUGCAACGCACUGCUGGCCCAGGAGGAUCCCUUGCCCCUGGCUUUCUAUGUCCACGAUGCUGAGAUCGUCUCCUCACUGGGGAGGACACUGGAGUCCCAGGCAGUGGAGACAGAGAAGGUCCUUGACAUCAUCUAUCAGCCACAGGCUAUCUUCAAGGUCCGUGCUGUGACCCGCUGCACCAGCUCCUUGGAGGGUCACAGCGAGGCGGUUAUUUCUGUGGCCUUCAGCCCAACAGGAAAGUACCUGGCCAGCGGCUCCGGAGACACCACUGUGCGCUUCUGGGAUCUCAGCACUGAGACACCGCAUUUCACAUGCCAGGGACACAGACACUGGGUCCUUAGCAUAUCCUGGUCCCCAGAUGGCAAGAAGCUGGCUUCAGGCUGCAAGAAUGGCCAGAUUCUCCUAUGGGACCCAAGCACAGGAAAGCAGGUGGGCAGGACCCUCGCUGGCCACAGCAAGUGGAUCACAGGCUUGAGCUGGGAGCCCCUCCAUGCGAACCCCGAGUGCCGCUACGUGGCCAGCAGCUCUAAGGAUGGCAGCGUGCGGGUCUGGGACACAAGUGCAGGCCGCUGUGAGCGCAUCCUCACUGGGCACACCCAGUCAGUCACCUGUCUCCGGUGGGGAGGAGACGGGCUUCUCUACUCUGCCUCCCAGGACCGCACCAUCAAAGUCUGGAGGGCUCACGAUGGUGUGCUGUGCCGGACUCUGCAAGGCCACGGCCACUGGGUGAACACCAUGGCCCUCAGCACUGACUAUGCCCUGCGCACAGGGGCCUUUGAGCCAGCUGAGGCCUCAGUUAACGCCCAAGACCUCAAAGGGUCCUUGCAGGAGUUAAAGGAGAGGGCUCUGAGCCGAUACAACCUUGUGCGGGGCCAGGGCCCAGAGAGGCUGGUGUCUGGCUCAGACGACUUCACUUUAUUCCUGUGGUCCCCAGCAGAGGACAAGAAGCCCCUCGCACGGAUGACGGGACACCAGGCCCUCAUCAACCAGGUGCUCUUCUCCCCCGACUCCCGCAUCGUUGCCAGCGCCUCCUUUGACAAGUCCAUCAAGCUGUGGGAUGGCAAGACGGGCAAAUACCUGGCUUCCCUGCGUGGCCAUGUGGCUUCCGUGUACCAGAUUGCAUGGUCAGCUGACAGCCGGCUUCUGGUCAGUGGCAGCAGUGACAGCACAUUGAAGGUAUGGGAUGUGAAGGCCCAGAAGCUGGCCACAGACUUGCCAGGCCACGCAGAUGAGGUAUAUGCUGUCGACUGGAGUCCAGAUGGCCAGAGAGUGGCAAGUGGUGGGAAGGACAAAUGCCUCCGGAUAUGGAGGAGAUGAGAAAUCCCACAGCUCUCUCUGACUCCCGCCUGGACUCAGCCUGUGCCAGCUGCCAGCCCUGACAGAGACCAAAGACUGAGGUGGUGAUCUUGAGAAUGAGUGUGGCCUGCUGUCCUUGCUUAGACCCCACUGGGGUCCCUCCCCGGAGCAGGAGAUUGGAGAUCACAGGAGGUUACCAUGGAGCUCAGCCAUUGGCCGUUCCUCUCUACCUUGCAAGGGUGGCAGGAGGCUAGGCAAUGACUAGACCCUUGCUGCUACCCUGCCCUUGCUCCUUUCCCAGAUGUCACCUCUGUUCCGGGUCAGACCCCAGAAUCUGUAACCAAGUAAAUAACUUAUAUUUUGUG